AUGGACCACGGCGAGGGACCACCGCUCAAGCGGCAGCGCGUCCUGGCCUGCCGACGAUGCCGCGGGCGCAAGCAAAAGUGCGAGGACAGACGGCCCUGCUCCAAUUGCGCCAAGGCGGGCGAGGACUGCGUGCCCACCGAGCCGGCGCCUCGUCCCCAGGUCGAGGGGGACUACGUGCGCGCGCUCGAGGAGAGGAUCGCCGAGUUGGAGUCUCGUGAUCCCAAUCAGAGCCGGGACCACUACGCGCGUGCGCGCACGCCGCAGGCAGCGAGAGCAUUGGCCCCUCCAUCACUGCAAGGCAUCGUGUCAGGUACCAACACUGGACUCCCCGCGCGGCGCGCUCAACCGACCUCAUCCGUCUCCCCUGCGACCAAUUUGCACAAUGGCCUGCUUCACCCGCGCAAGAGCCUCUCCCAGCAGCCGCCGGACCUCUCGCUGGCAGACGACUCGGACGCAGAGGGCAUAGAUCAUCUCCUCUACGGUCUGGCCUCACCUCCAGGGCGGGACAACUUUGGGGGCGGUGCGGGCAACAUCAAGUCACCUAGCAUGCACACCGGCUCGGUACGGCACCACGACGACCACCAUUAUCCCGCGCAGAACCUCGUCGCCUCCAUGACUCCCGAGGUCGAGGGGCUCCUUCUGGGCGCCUACAGGGGGCGCGCGCAGGUCCAGUAUCCCUUCUUCCACUGGCCCACCCUCCUGGACUGGGUGGCCGACUGGAGGACGUGCCCCCCGGCCGAGCUCAACCCCAAGCCGUGGCAGGGCUUCUUUGUGAACCUCGUCUUCGCCACGGCGCUGCUCAUGCUCGCCCUCCCGCGCGUCGGUCAGUCGGACUCGCGUGUGUUCUACAAGCAUGGCGUCGCCCUGCUGCCCCAUGUGCUGCGGAGGAACGACCCCAUCAUGCACGUCCAAGCGUAUCUUCUGCUCAGCAUGCACGCCCUGCACCGCAGCAACACGCCACGGAUACUGUCGCUCGCCUCCACGACGAUGCGCAUGUGCGUGCAGCUGCAGUAUCACCUCGCCGAGACGGAGCUCGAGCCCACGACACCCGCCGCCCUGUUGCAGAACCAAGUGCGCAGGCGCUGCUUCUGGUCGGCCUACUGCGUCGACCGCCUCGUCAUGGCCUCGUUUGAGCUUCCGCCCUCAAUCACCGACGCCAUGAUCACCUCCAAGCUGUACGCCAACGUCGAGGACGAGGACUUGGAGAGCGCCGUGGCCCAGUUGCCCGCGGGCGCGGACCUGGGCGACGUCCCCGUCUACACGUGUGUGUCGCCGUCCCUGCAUAUCCUUCAGUGCCGACGCAUUCAGUCGGAGAUUAUCAACUACACCCUGCGUUGGGACUACAAGGAGGUCUUUGAGGGGUCGCUCGAGUGGCGCAUACGCAUCCUGCGCGAGCUGGAGAACUACAAGGCGCGCGCGCAGAACUUUGCCGAGCCCCAGUCCAAGGGCCACUCGAGCCAGCGGUGGCUCGCUCUCAUCUACCACUACACACUGCUGCUUCUCUACCGACCGACCAAGGACAACGUGUACGGGCCCGCGGGCGACUGGGCGAUCCAGGCCAGCAGCCAGGCCUGCCUCAUGUUCCGGCGGAGCCAGAUGGACCGUCAGAUUGCCCAGGCGUGGAUCGGCCUGCUGGUGCAGUUCCAGUCCGGCGUCACCCUCCUCUACUGCUGCUGGGCGACGCCCAUGGAGUACCGCACCGACAACUACGACGCCCCGGACGUGUCUGACGCCCUCCGCGCCUGCUCCAACAUCCUCGCCAUCAUGGCCGACCGCUGGCCCAAGGCCGAGAGCCUCCGCGACGUCUUUGAGCUGCUGGCCCGCGAGAUCCCCCUCGUCGACAGGCCAUCCCGGCCCCCGACACGGAUCACGCCCGCCACCGCCGACGCCAUCCGCGCCAAGCUCGUGCCGGUCCGGUCUCUAAUUGUGCACCGCUCUAUCAUACGCAUGAUUGAGGAGAUGAUCAACGAGGACUUUCCCCGGCGGCGGCCCAACCAGUCACCCUCGCCCAGCGUGCUCGCGCGGUCCCAGAGGGCCACACCGGCGCGCGACAGGCAGAUUGUGCCGCCAUCCAUGGCUGAUCCUACCAUGGCGCCCUUUGAGCUGCCUCUGUUCGCGCAGCAGCUGUAUGGCACGGGCACGGGAAGUGGGAGUGGGGAGAUGGAGGCCCCGAUCAACACGGAUGAGCUUCUUGCGUUUCCUGGGUUCUUUGACCUUGACGGGUGGCAAUGA